AUGUUCUCGCCCGUAGGCACGGAUGAAGAUUCGCUCUUCGACGAGACCCCUCCACCGAAGCACGACGAAGCCAAGGGCGUCCCCGACGCCGAGGCACACGCUUCGCUCGCGCUCGUCCGCCGCUCCCCGCCCUCCAUCCCCGGCCUCUUCUUCGACCCCACCCUCCUCCUCCCCGACGCGCUCUGCGAGGACGUGAUGCUCUCCUGCAUGCGCGCCUUCUUCCAAGACACCUCCGCGAACCAGGUGAUGCUCUUCGCCCGCUCCUCCCCGCCCUCCCGCCCCCCUUCCCCACACGACGCGCCCCGGCCCCCCACCUCGAGCCCCGGCCUCCCCAGCUUCCUCUCUGACCUCCUUGAAACCCUCGACGAUAACCUGAAGCCGCUCCUCCCGCCCGCGACGCACGCCCUCCUCUUCUCCCCCGCCCCGGUCGCGUCCGGGUACACCGGUCCGCCGCGCGCCCGCCAGGCGAUCGUGAACGUGUACUGGCCUGGGGAGGGCAUCACGCCCCACGUCGACCUCCUCGACCGGUACGGCGACGGCAUCGUCGGCGUGAGCUUCGGCUCCGGGUGCGCGAUGCGCUUCGACCGCGUCACGUCUGGGGACCAGCCUGGGGAGCGGGGCGACGGCGACGGCGACGGCGACGGGUGCGCGGUGUACCUGCCCACGGGCAGCGUGCUUGUCAUGACGGGAGCGGCGCGCUACGACUGGACGCACGGGAUCGAGAAGCGGUUCGAGGAUCUGGUGGAGGACGAGCCGGGGAGCGGACGCGAGCGGUGUACGGUCUUGGAACGCGGGCUGAGGCUGAGUGUCACUUUCCGCUGGCUUCUUCCUGGUGCGGAUGUCGUUGGGAGUGCGGAAAAGGCUCAACGACAGGGUGAGCGUUCCGUUUAG